AUGGAGCCGCAAAACAUACGGAGAAAGGUGGAGAGCGAAAACAACAACCGCAUCCACAUCGCCAAGGCCAAGUUCCGCAACUGCCUGUGCCUCUUCAACAGCUACUCCAAGUGCUACCUGAACAUCAGGAAGAAGACCAACCGGGAGACUUCCAAAUAUGAAAAAAUAUAUGGAAAUGAAAACAUCAGAAUUCGGGAGGAAAAGAAGGCCAGUAGUUCGGCCAAAGAAACAUCCCUCGAGUUUACCUACCCCUACCGGUACCAACAAAACAGAAGCGUCUUCCUAAUUAUAAACAGCGAAAAUGUCAAUUCGGGCAACUCCAGCAUAUGCCACAAUGACGUUAUAUACAUCAUAUAUAACAAUAAAAAGUAUGAACAUGUUAAUGUGCAGAAGAGGAAAAAAAAGAGAAAAAAGAUGAGGAAAAAAAUAAGGAAAAAAAAAAACGCCUUACAUGAUGGGAAAGGGGACAACUACGGCAGUCUAAUGGGCUCCACCCCCAACCAGCCGUUCGACGCCAACCCGAUGUACAACAGCACCAUAUUCGAAACGAGCAACAUGAAUUUCGGCGAGACGUAUGAUAGUAAAAAGAAGAAAAAGAGGGGAAAAGCGGCCCAAGGGGGGAUAUCCGCAUUAACUAGCAAAGCGGGCAAAAUAAAAAAUAAAAAAAAUAUCAUCUUCUCGGACGACGACGACUCGGACAAUAACUACGAACAUGUCUUCACGCACAUCAAUUCGAACCUCCACUUUCUGAGCGUCUCCAAUGAUCACAUAGAGAAAGAGAAAAAUCUUUACAUCCAAAACGAAAGGUACGUCAACUGCAAAGAUGUCAUAUUUAGGAAAAUGAAGUUUAAAAAAACACUCUUCCUCAAUCUGGACACCUACAACUCGUGGAUAAUCAUCAAGAAAAGCAUCCUGGUGAAUGAGUACCUCAGCCGCUUGGCCCAAAACGACCUGGCAGAUAUAAACGACGUUCUCUACGACGUCAUGAACAUGCGCAGCAGAGUGGUUAACUGCUACACGAAGGUGUACAUAAAUGAUUACUUCCUGCUGGUUAAUAGUAAGACGAAGGAGAUAUUGGGCGUCCAAAAGGUCCCAGCAGAAAGCCUCCAUAAGGGUACUUCCCAUAAGGGUAGCGGGCAUAAGGGCAGCACCCAUAAGGGCACUCCCCACACGGGUAACUCCCACACAGGGGGGGAAGCCAGUCCGGAGAAGAGGGAACCCCCCUACGGCAAUGCCCUGGAGAAUUACGAAUCCAAGUGCUACAGCCUUGUGCUCAUCAAAAAAAUGAGCCUCAGCCACCUCUUCGGAACGGCCACAGACAUCAACAUCACCUUCGCCUUCCACAACGUGUGCCUCACGAGUUACAACAAAAUUAAUGACACCAGCGCCUACAUGCUCAUCUAUAAUUACAACCUCACCAGGGAGAGUCAGAUCUUUUUAACAAAGUCUAGCGGUCAAGGCGAACAGAUCAGGGCACCCGCACCCGACUCGCAGAGCCCCCCGCAAGGAAUCAGCCACGAAGACCUUCUCUAUUUCAAUAACUAUAUAACGAAAAAGAUCGCGGAAAACUACCUCAGCUACAGCCUCUACAUUAAGGAGUGCCUCCUCAUCAUCGACAUUCUGUAUGUGCUCAACAACAGCUACGGGAAUUUGAUUUACAUUAAGGAGCAGUACAAGUAUGACCACCAGACGUACUACUCCUACGUGUGCGGCCUGCUGCAGAGGAGCAGGGCGCGCCCCGAGUUGGGGCCGGACGCGCGGGGGGACUCCAGCUCGGUGUACUCCCUCUCGGACAGCGACGGGGGAAGCGGUCACAGUGGAAGUGGCGAUGGUGGUGGGGAUUCCUCCGCGCCCUCCUCGUGCUCCGCGUCCCCCGCGUCCGCCUCCUCCCGCGCCUCCACCGCGUCGACGGAGCAGGCCAGAGCCAAGGCCAGCCUGACCGCGGAGGAGAAGCAGCUCCUCGGCGAGCUGGACGACGACUUGGUGUACCUGAUGCCCAAGUACAAGCUGGUGUUUCACCCGCUUGUGCUCAGCGACCGAGAAAGCAACAGCAGCCACUUGGAAAUCACGAGGGAAAUAUUAAAGCUGGGGAUUUGCCUACGGCGCAUUCAGCGCUUUAUCGAAAUUAACAAAAGGGGACAGUCCUGCAACUCCACCUUCGACAUGUUCUGCUGCUGCCUCUACAACAUCAGCAUGCACAUCCUAAACCAUGUUAACAAAAUUGAAGAAAAUGUUAGGAACGUUUAUAAUUUUUCCAAAAUAUAUAUGAAGGACGGCACAGGGGGGGGAGGAGGCUACUACCCCCCAAGGGGAAACAAAACGUGGGAACAAAUCCCUGGGGGAGAAACCCAAACCCGAUUGAACGACCAACCCAUGUGUCUCUUUGACGCAAAUGCGCUAUCUACAUGCACAGAUCCAGAGGAAAAAAAAAUUUUCUUCAGCAUCAACAAUUUGUUUAGAAAAAAUGUCCAAGACUUUAACCUCUUUUUUAACAUUAAUAUUGACAAGGCGGAGGACAUCUCUCUUUACAAAAUAAAAAUCAUUGUGCUUCCCCUCCUCCAGGUGGGGAAGCUGCUUAACAAAAUCAUUAACAAAAUUAUUAGCAAGAAAAAGAUGAACAAUUCGAGGUACCUAAUCGAUUUGAUUUACAAGUUGCAGGAGUACCUACACUCGGAUAGCAUCAACAGAACUGUGCUUAUCUAUUUGCUAAAGAAUAUUACCACCCCUCUGUUUGACUUUAUAAAAAAUUACAUCUACUACGGGAAGGUCAAAGACACGCAUAGAGAGUUCUUCAUCCACGAGAAUAGGAACAUCACCCCGUAUUAUAAACAGACCAACAAAUUUUACUGCACCAAUAUAUUUAAAUACAUUUACAAAAAGUAUAUUGACAUGUCUACCAAUUAUUGGGGAGCCAAAUACGUCAUCCUGAACAGUAAGGUUCCCACGUUUUUGAGGAGUGUCUCCUACCAUAUUUUCAUCACCGGGAAGUAUAUAGACGUCCUUUCCGCGUGCUCCAAACUGUUGACUCUGCAGAGCAGGCGUGGACAUCGCCUCUACACAGAGGGGGUAGACUCCCCAUCGAUGUAUGCACCGUAUAAAGGGGCCAUCCACGGGGGGGAGGGCGACUCCCCCGAAGAUGAAGCACACCAAAUGGAGGCAAACAAUCCAUUCCAGGAAGAAGAAAACGAUCUGUAUGGAGGGCUACCGCCCCCCCUCCGCAACAACAAAACGUGCCUCCUAACAUACGACGGAAACAACAAGACGUAUGAGCACCUCAUCCACAACCAACACCUAUUUGCUUCCAAAAAAAUGUUCGAGCUGUACAUAAAAAAAAUUGACAUCAAGGAAAAGAUAAAGCAUCAUUAUUUUUUCUUCUUCCUUCAAAUUAGUGACUACUUAAAAUAUUUUUACAUCCUAGCACAUGAACAUCUGGAAAAGCUCUACAAUAGCAAAAAGAACAGCAACGUCUUGAAUAAGCUCAAGAACUUUUUUGACAUUUCCUUGAGGUCCUCUGUUCUAUACCACCUGAAGUACCGCCACGACUACAACGUCGACGUUUCGGACAUCCUCAGCAUCAUCGAUAAUGUUAACCUGAUUAUUGACUUGAGAAAUUUCUACCUCAAUAGUAGCCAAGUUCGCGUUGGUAGGGAGCAACAGGGGGAUGCCCUAGAGAGUGGCCAAGACGACGGCGGAAGGACGCCACUUCAGUGGCAGCAGAGGGGAGAGCAAAGUGGUGUCUACUACCAGGAGGGGAACCUCCAAGGUGGGAAUUCCAUCAGAGGGGCCCCCACCCAAUCGGAGGACGACACCGACUUGGACAGCGAAACGGAGAGCCCCUCAGAUGGGGAACAACAAACAGGGGGAACACCCCUCACCAUGAAGGAACAAAAAAGUAGAAAGACAAAAAAAAAAACCAAAAAAAAAAUGCAAAAAAGGAAAAAAAAAAAUUAUGCCUCUUUAGGAAGAAGGACCCAAAAUGGAUCCACUCUCGAACAGCAGCACCUCCUGGGAGAAAAAAAAAAAAUACUAGCCAACCUAAAAAACAACGUGCUCAAUAAUAUACAUAAUAAUAUGCAAACCAACACAAACGUAGAAAUUUACAAAGGGCUGGUCCUCUCCUACCACAACCUCUUUCCAUAUAACUUAAUAUUUAACAACGUAACCAUUUUUAAGUAUACUCUCAUUUUCAGAAUUUUAAAUUACUGCAAAUAUAUUGAGCACAAGCUCACGGAGGUCUGGCUCAACCACAUGUUCGUGAAGAACAUCUUCCUCAACGAGGAAUGCAAAAAUAACUUGAUGAUGUGCAUACACACGAGGGAAUGCAUGGCUCACUUCCUAAAGUGCUACACCUACCACCUACAGAACGACGUGAUCAAAUCGGAGUAUGCUCACAUGAAUGGCAAGCUAAAGGAGACUCUCAUUUUCGAUGACAUCAUACACAUCCAUAACGCCUACCUCAAUAACAUCCUCAGAUACUCAUUCAUAAUGAACCAAAAUAUUAUUCACUCCAUUUUAAAAUUGAUGUCAAUAUCGCACAUUUUCACCAGACACAUUUUGAAAUUUAACUUUAACAAAAAUGAGCAGCUCGAGCGGGUCUCCGCUCGCGAAGGUGGCAAGUGCGACCGCGGUGGGGGCAGCCACGCCGUCCACUCCAACCAGGGGACGCAUGACCGCCACGCCGGCCACUCCAACCCGGACGAACACCCGAGCGGAACCGAGAAGACCAAAAAGAAAAAAAACAACUACCACAGGAAGUUCAUUCAGGAACUCCUCAGCGACCAGGCCUACAUCUCCAUGAUCCACAACACCAUCAAGCACUACGACAAGCACUUCAAAAAUUUCUUCCUACACCUCACGGACUACGUCAGCAACAACAUCGAUGACUAUGCGCAUAACUUUCUAGUCAAACUGGAUUACAAUUUUUAUUACACGAAUAAGUACCAGAUGAGCGGCGCCCACGUGGUUGGGGAGCCCAACGAGGGGGCGGAAGGGGAAGCAGACGCGGAAGUAGACGCGGCAGUAGACGCGGCAGUAGACGCGGCAGUGAACUUCGCUCCAGCUGAAUAUCGCACCGGAGAAGGUGUUUCCCCACACGCGGGUUCCUUCGAACGGGGUAACCUCGCCCAGCGCGGGAGACAUCUCGGGGGGCGAGUCGGCGGACCGGCAGGUGGAAGCCCCUCGAGCGGAAGCCCCCCGUCCACCCCGAACCGACUGGCUUACAACCAGGAGUACGGCCACUCAGCGGGACAUACUGUAGAUCAUCCUGUAGGCCAUCCUGCAGCCCAUCCUGCAGCCCAUCCUGCAGCCCAUUCCGCCGCCCCCUAUGACCACCCCACCUACGCCGCGGCCUACUCGACCAACUACGAGGCGCACCCCCGCCAGCGAUAUGCCCACCCCUCAAGAGGCACAACUCACGGAGGCGACCAGGCGGACUACAGCCGAGGCGCGAACGACCACAGCGUGCACUAUGCAGACGUCCACAUCCCAGUGACACACCGCAGGAACAAGUACCCGCAGACGCACCUAAACAAGGAACACAUGCUCAGCGAAAACAGGUUCGCCCCCUACCACCUCGGCAGUCAGAACCCCCCCUACGCAGUUAACCCCUACGAGCAGGACGAAAACGGCUACGACGGCAAAAUGGGCACCCCCCCCACCGGCAGCGCCACCUACAGCAAGCUGAAGAAGUACGGCGCGCAUCACAGUGAGAACCUGCCCAGCGUCAACGCGGCCGGCAUCAACGCGGCAGGCAUAAACGCGACCAGCAUCAACGCGGCCAGCAUCAACGUCAGCGGCAUCGACGUGAACAGCAUCGACAUAAGCGGCAUCGACGUGAACUCCGUCGACCAAAACGCGUACAAGAGCAAAUUCAUCCCGCAGUAG